AGUCCCUCCGUCUGUGGUUUUCUUCAUGUUUCAGUAACGCUGCUGCUGUCCCCCUCCUCGUCACCUUGUUCCCCUCUCAUUGGGUCUCCUUCCAGCUGAUUGAUACAUUUGCGUCAGAGAUUAUGGAGCUGCAAAGUGAGAUGGUCUUGACCUCUCCAGCAGCUAACAAAGAGCUCAUGGAUCUACGAGGGGAGCAGAAAAAGGUGAGCGCCGAAUACCUGCAGUCCGCCCGCUGUGGGGGUCAGCGGGAUUCUGGAUACGACUCGUUGGGAAGGAGGAUGAGCAUGUUGGACAGGCUGAGUCAAACCCAUCAGGUGUGGCUGCUGCUGGCCGUCAGUGAAGAGGAGGCCGGCCGGAUUCUGCUCAAACAGCCUCCUGGGGGUUUCCUGGUCAGGAAGUCGGCCGCCCUGCAGAGAACGGUUCUGUCUGUGCGUCUGAAAGAGGAUUCAACAGGAAGUCCAGUCGGCCACUUCCCAGUCAGAGAGAGCAAGUACACCUUUUCUCUCGAGGAAUCUGGGAUCUGCUUUGCCGAUCUGUUUCGCCUGGUGGCGUUCUACUGUAUUAGCAGGGAUGUCCUGCCUUUCACACUCCAACUCCCAGAGGCCAUUGCCUCGGCUCAGAAAGAACUGGAGGAGACGGCUCAGCUGGGAGCAGGCUUCUGGAACACCCCCUGUCCCCGUCGUACCCUCAGCCCCCAGCAAUCUAACAGGGAGAGGGAAGUUGAGGGGUCACGGCUGGGACACACCGGGACUCUGUGGGACAGUGCACCGUCGACCCUGCGCUCUGUUGCUACUCCGUUUUCUUUUCCUCUUGAGAGAAGACGUUCCAGUGGUCCUCUGUGCUUUGUCGACCCCUUGUUUCCCCAGACACAUCGCCAGUCCCGCGCUGAGGAGCCCCGUAACGAACUGUACAAUGAGAAGUCAUCUGUGAAGCCGCUCAGAAGCAGCCGAGGCAGCGAGCAGGACAAAAUCCAACCGAACGUCAAAUCGCCGCCUCCUCGCCCACGUCCCCCUGCUCCUCCCCCUCCCCCUCGCCAGAUGCCGCGCCGGCGCCCUGCUCCACCACCACCUGGACCUCCAGCAGCAACCACCAGAAUUGAGAGCAUGCCAAAAGCCGCUACUAUAUCUUCACGACCGCAGCCGUCCCUCAGCAGGCGCCCGGCUCCAGCUCGACCAGCGAUGGGUUCCAAGCAUAGUGGUCUGUCCAAAACCGCCAGCUCACCAGCCGCUGUGCCCUCAAACCAGCCCUCCCCGAGACCUAUGAAGUCUGAUCUGGAAGCUCAUCGCUGCCACAUUGCCCUGGAUGACGAGACCAUAGCUAAAGCUCUGGCCCGGGCCAAGCUUCCACCCUGCCAGCCUCAACUUGCACUUCCCGUCGACAUGCUUGGGAGUCUCUCCACUCCUAAGGAGAGGAGACCGCAGCGGCUCAGUGACAUUAGCAUGUCCGCUUCCUCCUCUGACUCACUGGAACAUGUGCAGUCUCCUGGAUUCUCCCUGGGUUCUAUUCCAUCACAACGCCUCACUUGUCAAGACCCAGUGGAGGUCAGCAGUGAAGAUGAGGACGGAGAAGAAAACUUCGAGGAGGAAGACUAUGGGGUCAGUCUGGAGGCCGACCUAGAAACACGCUGCCGUCCGUCCUUCAAAGCGCGAAGGCGAAAGGUUGGCGUCAGUCUAAGUACUGACCCCUUCGUCCUCCCCAGUGCACUAAAAGGACACCUCCUUAAGGUGGGCGAUAUGCUGGGCUCCCUCAGGAACCCUGAGAAGCAGGCGGUGAAAAGGAUCGCUGAGCUGUCCAGGGACAAAAGCUCAUACUUUGGCUCCCUGGUCCAGGACUACAUCAGCUUUGUUCAGGAGAACCGAGGCUGUUGCACCUCGCAGCUGGAUUUUCUGCAGACUGUCAGGCAGUUCAUGACCCAGAUGAAGGCUUACCUGCGCCAGAGCUCCGAACUGGACCCCCCUCUAGAGUCACUCAUACCUGAAGACCAGAUCGACCGGGUGCUAGAGAAGGCCAUGCACAAGUGUGUCCUAAAGCCUCUGAAGAGUGUGAUUGAGAAGGCUUUACAGGACUUCCAGGUGAGCAGCGGAGCUUCGCAGCAGCUGAGGAAGAACCUGGCCCUGGUUAAGACCAAGGGGCCACAGGAGAUGGGGGCAGACGGGGCUGUGCCUCCUAACCCCGAGGCGAUCAACAAGAUCCGCCACAAGUUCCUAAGCAUGAGGAAGAUGUACUCCCCCGAGAAAAAGGUGUCACUUAUGCUGCGUGUGUGUAAACUCAUCUACACCAUCAUGCAGGAUAACUCAGGGAGGAUGUUUGGCGCCGAUGACUUCCUGCCCAUGCUGACGUAUGUGUUGGCUCAGUGUGACAUGCCUCAGCUGGACAUAGAGAUCCAGUACAUGAUGGAGCUGCUGGACCCGUCCUUGCUGCAAGGAGAGGGAGGCUACUACCUGACCAGCGCGUAUGGAGCUAUGACCCUCAUCAAGAACUUCCAGGAGGAUCAGUCAUCGCAGGUUCUGAGGUCUCAGGUCAAGAGCACGCUGCACCAGUGGCACAAACGGCGCACCGCCAGGCACGCAACGCAGUCUGUCGACGACUUUCAGAACUUUCUCCGUGUAGCCCUGCAGGACGUGGACCCCAGCUGCACGGCCAAAACCCUUGUCGUGAACCUGCACACCACCACCGAGGAGGUGUGCGCUCUCUGCGCUUACAAGUUUAAGGUCUUGGACCCUGACUCCUUCGCACUGUUUCUGGUCACCACGGACACCAGCCAGCAGCUGGCCUCGGACACGCACCCUCAGCGGAUCAAAGCCGAGCUCCACGGCGGGCCUCGGACUCACAACUUCCACUUUGUCUACAGGAAGGUCCCGAACCUCAACCUCUCUGUCCCCACCGUCCUGCACAACGGGAACUGCCUUCCAGUUGAAUAGAGUCCUUCUCAGUACUUGUGCUUUGUGGUGAUGGGUGUAGAUUAUGUGGUUUUUGGGGCUGUCGUAAUGGAAACAGAAAUCAAGUUGUACAUAGAUGCAGAUGCAGACAAAACAUGAUUGCGGUGAUUAACUUAAGAGGAGCGACCAAGAGGGAGGAGGAAGAGUGGGGUCAAGACUGGCUGAGUUUGGGUCAAACGGGUAGUCGGUCAGGUGGUUUUAGGUUGUGCAUGCUGGUUUGCAAGAUUUUGAGUAUGUGAUUUAUCAUAAUGGAGGGGAAAUGUUUCUUGGACAUGUACGCUAGCUUAAAGCAGAGGUCAUACAGUUUAAUAUUGCAUUUAAUGUUACCAGCGGUUGCCUUAACUGCUGCUGUCCAGGCUGCCUUCAAAAGGAAUUGAAUCGACUGAAAGCUUUGAGCUAAGAAUUUUAAAUUGUAUUGGUUUAUUUUUAUUGCUCUUAUUAUAUUUUCAUGCAAUUGCUGGUCAAUUGUAGCUUUUGUUUGGACUUUAUAUUCAAAUUUCCCAGCACUAAAGUCUUUUCAUUUAAUAUUACUUUAAAGGAAUUGAAUUUUCUUAAAUGAAUAUAUCAAAACUCUAUUUUAAAAUGUUUCUAUUGGUUAUGGAGAGUUUGAAGAUGACUGGAAUUAAAUGCAAUCCUCUCUAACAUCU